CCAGUAGCGGCUUCCCCUCGCGGGGGCGGGCUUCAAAAGCAGAGCGUUGAUUGCCUCCCGGAAGCGUCAAUCUUGGCCCGUCCCGUUGCCCUGACAACCGCACGGCGCCAGGGACGCGGCGGUGCCGGGGCCGCGCAGAGAAAUCUAAAAAGAUGUCCUCGAAAAAAACCUCAGCAAAGAAACAGAAAGGUGGAAAAAAAGCUAAGGAAUCCUCAAAAGGAAAACAAACAGAGCUCGAUAAAAAUGAUGAAGUUGAUCUUUCUAUGGCUAGUAUAGGUCACCCAGAAAUCUUUCCUUUAGUUUUCACUACAAAGACCCAAGAAAUUUUUAAUUGCCGAGCUGAUGAAGAUGUCACAGAAGAAAAUUGUUUCAAACUUAUUAAAAAAGAGGACAUCAUUCAGGACCUGAAAACAAGAGCUACAGUUUCUGACUUCCACCCUGUCAAAAAAGUUAUCUUAGAAUAUCCAGGGGAAGAACUUUUGGUAGUUUUUGAUGCAAAGUUCCAGUAUGGACAGAAUUUUUACUUGGUUGCUUCUGAGGAAGCCAAGGAAAACCUUCUGAAGCCUCCAGAAACUGUAGAAGAAAAAAAAGAUGACGAUGAAAAAGAAGAAGAAAGUGAAGAGGAAACCCUGGAAGUCCAGCCUUAUAAGCCUCCUGUCCACAAACCUUGGGUUUCUCUUGGCAGUGAAAAGGAAGUGGAAGAGGAGUCUGUUAAAGAGACUGUUACAAAGAUUAAGUAUAGGAUUUCUCGAGUACGCAGGAAGUUUGGUGCACCAAUUACAUUUACUGAUAAGAACGCUUCACAUGUAAAAGACAGUUACCUUGAAUGUACGUCCUAUCAAGACAAAUCUUUCAGUAUUAAAAUGCUCGAAAAAGAUGUGGGCAUACAAAUGGUUCCAAAACUUAGAGAAGCUAUUACUCAGACAACAUGGACCUAUCCAAAAAAUGCAGCCACACAGUAUUUUCCUAUAGAAUUGUCAAAUGAAGAAAAAGAAGAGAGUCUGUCAUCUGGGAAGCUGAAGGAAUUUCUUACAUCAGUACAUUUAAGAAUGGAAAUUGCAUUGCAGCAAAAUGAAAUUAUGAAUGCUUUUUUUGAUGACUGGAAGGCCCUAACAGAAGAGGAAAGCAGUUCUGGCGGCAAGCCAGAUGUUUAUCUUAAAGCAUACCAAUCAUUUACAGAUCUACACUACUUCAAGGACAGGACUAUUAGCUGCGUUUGCUGGCAUCCAACCAUUUCUGGGAUUAUAGCCGUGUCAGCAAGAGGGCGGCUGUCUUACGAAGAGCAAGUUAACCUUUCCGAUAAAUCAUUGCUGCAGCAGCCAGUAGUACUUUUUUGGUGUUCUUUUGACCCUAUCCACCCUCAGUUAGUGUUGGAGUGUCCUGAAGACAUUUGCUGCUUUCAGUUCAGUCCAAGUGAUCCCAGUAUCAUUGCUGGUGGCUGCAUCAAUGGACAAGUUGUACUGUGGGAUGUUUCUCAACAUGAAGAAAAGCUGCAAAAUGUAAAGCCUGUUGCUGAUGGAACUGAGAUAACAGCUGUUAGCACGCCAUCACGUAUGCAAGUCCAGCAGAGUAACACAGAGCCACCCCUAGUGAGAUGUUGUGUAGUCUCUUCCAUAUCGGAUAGUCAUGAAAAACCAGUAACAGAUAUACAUUGGCUACAAGAUUAUUCCGAGGAAAACCAAAUGGAUGCAACUUCUGAAAACAGAGCUGAAACUUUUGUGCAGCUUGUAACCUGCUCUCCUGAUUGCUCAAUAUUAUUUUGGAAUAAUCCAGCCAUGAAAUCUUCAUCUGAGAAAUUAAAGGAGGAGGACAUUUUUGGUAUGCCCUUUGAUGUUCCAGAUACUUCUAAGCAUCUAGAUCUCUGCUGGAAACCUCUCGUAAAGAUAAACCUGUGUGAAAAUGAUACCAAUGCAGAGUACAGUCCUGUAAGAAUUAAUUUCAGGGAACUGCAUUGUCAGUACAAAACCUCAGACGUACCUGCCAAACAGAGCCUGUAUAGAGAGAGGAGUACUUCAAGCAAAAAUGUGAAAGUUCUAGAGAGUAUCUCCACCAGCCUUCUUGUUGGAACUGAAGAUGGAGAUAUUGUUUAUUCUGACUGGAAAGUGGAAAUUGAUAGUGACUCAGAAAAGCAAGUUAGUCAGAAGCACGUGCAGAAAUACACCAUCCACACUGAAACUAUUGACAGUCUCCAGAGAUCUCCAUUUUUUAAAGACGUAAUUCUAAGUGUUGGAGGACAAACUUUUGCCAUUUGGAAAGAAGGGGUUACAAAUGGACCAAUCCUUCACUCAAGCUGCUCUGCAGGAAGAUACACUGCAGGAAAAUGGUCCUUAACAAGACCAGGAGUUUUCUUCAUUGGCAGAGAUGAUGGAAAUAUAGAUAUUUGGGACUUACUGAAGAAAACGUAUGAGCCAUCUCAGUUCCAGAGCGUCUCUGAAUCAAUGAUCACUUUCAUCAGCCCCUGGAUUGCCUCACCAAACCAACAUUUUUUAGCUGUUUCUGAUGAUCUUGGCGUACUGCAUGUUUUGGAAAUCUGUCAGACACUAAGUCAGCCUUCAGAGAAUGAGCAUGACACCAUACUUGAUUAUUUUGAAAGAGAAGUCAAAUACCUGAACUACUGUGAACAAGAGUUUCAAGAAUAUCAAGAGCUUCAAGCCAAAACAGAAUUGAAAUCAAGCUGGAGGCACAGAGGGAGAAAACAAGUAUGACUGCUCUAUAGAAAACAAAAGAAGAGAUGGAGGAGCAAGAAAAUGCAGACUACGCCAUGUUUCUGGACCUGGAGAAGCAGAUAUUAGCAGAUUUAGUACUAGUAAACAGACAAGAAAUACUUUCCUCAUUAGAUACCUAGAGCCCAUUACCAGCUUUAGAAACAGUGAGCUUUUUGUUUCAGGACCUCUUUAUUUCAGCAGAACAUCUUUAGCCUCAGAAAUAAAGAUCCUGCAGUCAGAGAUUGUUUCUUUAACUUUAUCCAUUUGUUUACUCACAAUGUGGUUAGAGAACAACAGCUUUUGGCACACUUCCACCUCUGUCUUUCAUUAAUACAGAUAUAAUGAACAUUUUACCUGUUGAAAUAGUAGUUUUUGAGGUUCUGUGUCUCUCAGAGCUCUAUACCCUGUAAAAAACUUAAACACAACUCAGCCGAUCAACCCAAAAGGCCAGUAUUCACCCCUCCAAUCUGCAUUCCACCAGAGGGGAAGCCGUUCUACUCCAGUAGUUACAUUCACAUAGGCCAUCCAAAUUCUGCUGCUCAGCCCCAGCAACCUCCUCCUCCAUCAUCCCCAAAGUAUUUACACUCCUCCUGAAAACUUAGGGACAAGAAGUAGGGGUUUUUUUGAGAUACCCAGAACAUUUCCUGCUCUGGAGAUAUGGUGACAAAAAGCACUCCCGAGAGAAGGACGCUUACCUGGGACUUGUGCAGCCCCACGUCCCUAAGAAGCUGCUGGGGAAGAGGAGGGCACACAGGCACACUGAUACCUCUGAUGGCUACAGCAAUCACAGUAACACAGGAGAUGAAAGGAACAAUUCCUCAUGCAAAAGCUCCACCCUCACCAAAGUGAUUUAAAGAUCACAGCCAGACCCUGAAUUCUUCUUAUAAACCAACGAGCCAUUGAAGCUCAUAA